CUCUCGAUUAGCAUGGGCGCGCUCGCAAACGUCAAAGCAAAGCUAGGCAUAAACUGAAUACGGAGGCCUGCUGCUGCUCCUAGACUGAGCUAUAACGCCCUUGUCUCCGGGAUCCCACGAUCGAUCAAGCCGAGGCAUAAAUUCCACGUUACAUUCUGUCCCUGGAAGGGCGCUAGCUGAUCGAUCGCAGUGCUAUGUUUGAGCCGUAAAUGUGGAGACCAAGUGAACUGUGGAACAACAGCAGCAGGCACUGACGGAGGACAGGAUGCCAAGGCAAAAACUGGCAUGGGUGCAGGCACUGCUCUGCUCUCUCGUCUGCUUCCCACCCAACCCAGCGUGAGGUGUUAACUAAAAUUGCAGGUGACGGAGGACCACGUCGCGCCUUCCUUCUGCUCGCAUCGACAUUGUCGUCGCCCUGUCAAGCGACACGGAGGGUUGCCGUGGUUAAAAUGGGGGAAGGAGGCCGAUGAUGGGCUUGCGCACAGGGAGACUAUAGGAGCUAAUAAGGAAUGAAAACCUUGAUGUGGCCUCUGAGAACCGCAGCGAGUUGGGCCAGACUUCUAGUUUUCCUGAAUUUCGUAUGGGUUAGGACUUAGGAACAAGCCUCCAGCCCAAACCACAUACUACGAUGAGAUCGCGCGCGUCUGACUCUCUUCCCUAAACGAAGUGUCAAAAAAAAAAAACUGCUUACACUGUCUUGGUGUGACACCAGAAGGUGCAAAUCCCAUCGUCUCCUCACGCCAUGGCGAUUUUCUCUACCACGUCGAACCUCCUCUUGACCCCCAAGCUGCCCCUGCCACAGCGCGGCCCUUCGCGUCCCGGCGCUUGUGCCACGGCUUUCCGACGGCCGAAUUGCUGGCCGGUCAGAGCAACUACGGGAGAGGGAGACGCUGCAACGACGACGGAGAAAGACAGGCCCAAGAAGGAGGAGAGGAAGCGAUGCCUGAGGUGUGGCGCCCUGUACCUUGACGAGGACAACUCGCCUACCGCAUGCGCCUUCCAUGGCCACAUCACAGGCGAGAAGGGGUUGUUUUCGCUGUCACCACCACACCAGGGGAUCGACGGCGAGUGGAGCGACAAGAGCGGGGUCAUCGUCUACAGGUGGAACGACCGUGGCAACCGGCCCAACACCGGCCGCGCCAACUGGAAGGGGAGGUGGAGCUGCUGCCAGGAGCGCGACGAGGAGGCGCCGCCGUGCCGUCGUGGACGCCACGUCUCCUACGACGAUGGCUUCACUCUCUUCUAGCCACCGGUCCACACCUGCCACAUGGAACUGAUGAGUGAUCGCUUCCUGUAAUACUCCGUACAAAGUUUCUUUGACGACAACGCACCAGCUCUGGUUUCCAUUUGUACAAUGAAGUCAAGGAGAUCGAGAGAGAAAAUUGCAUACAAACAUCACGGUCUAAAGUGCUCAUCGGAGAAUAGGGGGAUGGGACCUCUCCACAGACUUGGGCAAUGGGCUUCUCUCCAUUCAACCAGAUGGAGGUUGAACUCCUAGAAGGUGGCUGCCCUUUAGCCAUAGGAUGCAGGGGCAAGGCAUGGAAGGCUACCUGUUGUUUCAACUUUGAAGUUUGAUUGUGUUAUGAUAUUUAUCCUGUCGAAAAUGCAGUGGAAAUGGUGUUAUUUGUUGCUGUUAUUUCUAGCUGCUGAA